CCGACCCGGCCCCGCAGAGCCGCGGUCCGUGGUAGCGACGCCCGCCCCCAGGGCCGGGGUGGUUCGUGUCCGCAGCCGAGAGAAAAAGAUCAGGAGGCUGAGGCAGAAGAAGCACCAACUGUUCAUGGAGAUGUCCUGUAUUCCAUUGUUAAUGGAACCAGCAUGUUCCAGCUCUGAGGUACAGGGAGUUGGAAAAAUGAGGAAUAAUGAUGCUGCCUCCAGACUUUUGGUUCCUCUUUCUGAGGAUAAUGAGAGCAAACAGUCAAAAUCUAUUCAAAGAAAGAGAGUGCUUCCAUCUUGGAUGCUGGAAAGAGAUCUCCUCGUGCAGAGGGUUUCCAAGCCUGUAAUGACAGGAGGUAGUAGAAAGAAAAAAGGCCAAGGAAGGGGAGAAGGCCAUACAGAGUCAUUAAAAUCAGAAGUACAUGUGCAGCAGAAAAAAAGAUUAGCUUCUGAAGAAACUAUAGAGGAUUUUGAAGGUGGAGAGCAAGAUCAAUGGAAAAGGAGCUGCCUCUCCAUCCCUGUUCCUUCAUCUCAGAAUACAUCUGGAUUUCCUCUUGAGAAUUCCAUGAGAGAUAUGGAAGGAAAUGGCAAGACUGGAACAAAAAACCCUGGAAUUUCUCUGGAAAAAAAUGAUAGGCAGCUGCAUAGCAAAUGGUCUAAAACAGUAGGUCAGAUCUCCAGUAAAGGCAAUAGAAUUGAGAAAAACAAAGAGCAGAUUACUGGUUCUACAAGCCAACAAGCUCACUGGGGCAGGACUUCAAAAUAUUUUGGUGCCCAGGAAGGGAUUCUUGAGCCUGAUGCAAAUCUGGAUUACAACACUGAGAUUUCUGAUUCAACCAGAAGUGCAGAUGCUUCAGAAAACUCCAAACAGAUCCAGCAUAAGAGGACACCUUGCAUGUAUGGAAGUGGCUGUUACAGGAAGAAUCCCAUUCACUUCCAGCAGUUCAGUCAUCCUACUGAUGAUGACUAUGAUGACAUGGAGAUGGUGGCUCAGGAUGACAAUGACAACCGGCCUGAGUGUCCAUACGGAACGGCUUGUUAUAGGAAGAACCCCCAGCACAAGUUGGAAUACAAGCACAGUGCACCUCCAGUAACUGGAAGAGGAACACAACAACGAACUUCAAGCAAUGGAAAAAGGGCUGUGGAGAAAGAUGGUGUCAAUGAUGGUGAAGCCAAUGAAUAUGACCUCAAUGACAGCUUCAUAGAGGAGGAGGAGGAGGAGUGCGAACCUACUGAUGAAGACUCAGACUGGGAACCAAGUUCAGAAGAAAAGGAUAACGAAGAUGUUGAGACACUUGUGCAAGAAACACGUAGAUUUGUUAGGAUCAAAAAAUAGCUGCUCAGAACAGCCUUAUGAAUAUCCAGUGUAGUUGUGUUAAAACAUGGUUGCACAAGGAGAGGAAUUGUUUGAAAAUUUCUCCAUGAUAUAGGCACUACAGGAAAAUAUUAAUGGGGGCAAGGGGAUUCUGCAAUGCCUUUCUUGUUCACAUGUAUUAUUUUGGGGCUGGUGUGGUGUUUGUUUUAUUAAGUCGUGGACCCAGAGGAUAGAGCCCUGAAAAUAUUUGGUUGAUUUUUCUUUUUUUUCCUCUCUCUCUGCUUUUUUUUUUUUUUUUAGAACACAUUGGUGGCUCGUAUUUUGAAAUACAAUUUUAAAAUUUUUAAAAGUUCAUCUUCCUAUGCUUGAAAAAGAAAUAUUGGCAUUAGGGAAGUCUAAGCCAUUUUUGUCAAAUUCUCAGCAAAGCUGAAGUCUUGAUGACUGUAUUUUUGCACAAUUAAACUUGUAACAUACAGUGGAAAAA